UCGAUUCGAUUUAUCCCUGGGUAUAGCUUUAAUCGACGACGACGAUGAUGAUAUUGUCCUCUACCGCCGCUCGUGCAACUGCCAAGGCUUUGAGUCGACCCGGUUCUCGGGCGUUGGCUUCGCAAGCGGAACACAACUUGACGAGUGGUUUUAACUUUUUAUCCGACCAAGACCGUAUUUUUACCAAUUUGUACGGCGAGCAGGAUUGGCGUUUGCCCGACGCCAUUAAGCGCGGUGAUUACCACUUGACGAAGGAAAUCAUGUGCAUGGGUCCGGACUGGAUUAUCCAGGAAAUCAAGGACAGUGGGCUCCGGGGACGCGGUGGAGCCGGCUUUCCCUCCGGGCUUAAGUGGAGUUUUAUGCCCAAGGAGACAGACGGAAGACCCUCCUUUCUGGUUGUCAACGCGGACGAGUCCGAACCCGGUACCUGUAAGGACCGCGAAAUCAUGCGCAAGGACCCGCACAAACUCAUUGAAGGUUGCAUCCUGGCGGGCUACGCAAUGCGUGCCCGAGCAGCCUACAUUUACAUUCGUGGAGAGUAUUUCAACGAAGCCGUAGUGCUGGAUGAAGCCAUCCACGAAGCGUACGCCGCCGGACUCCUCGGGAAGAACGCCUGUGGUUCGGGGUACGACUAUGACAUCUACCUCCAUCGAGGUGCCGGCGCCUAUAUUUGUGGAGAAGAAACGGCUUUGAUUGAAAGUCUAGAAGGCAAGCAAGGAAAACCUCGUCUCAAGCCUCCGUUCCCGGCGGGUGUCGGUUUGUUUGGAUGCCCCUCGACGGUAACCAACGUGGAAACCGUGGCCGUGGCCCCGACGAUUCUUCGUCGCGGUGCGUCCUGGUUCGCCUCCUUUGGGAACGAAAACAACCGCGGCACCAAACUCUUUGCGAUUUCCGGUCACGUCAAGAACCCCAUGGUCGUGGAAGAAAGCAUGUCCAUCCCGCUCCGUGACUUGAUUGACAAACAUUGCGGUGGUAUGCGCAACGGCUGGGAGUCCGUCCAAGCCUGCAUUCCGGGUGGUUCCUCGGUCCCGGUCCUCAACAAGGACCAGUGCGGCGAAGCGCUGAUGGAGUUUGACGACUUGCGCGCCAAAGGAUCUGGUCUCGGUACGGCCGCUGUGACAAUGUUCGACAACACGGUCGACAUGGUGGGUGCCAUUCGUCGCUUGUCGCACUUUUACAAGCACGAGUCCUGCGGUCAGUGUACACCCUGUCGCGAAGGCACGGGCUGGCUGGAAGAUAUUCUCAUUCGGAUGGAAAAGGGAGACGCCGACAAGCGCGAAAUCCCUAUGCUUGAGGAAAUAUCCCGCCAGAUUGAAGGCCACACGAUUUGCGCCCUCGGGGACGCCGCCGCCUGGCCUGUACAGGGACUUCUGCGUCACUUCAAAAAAGAUAUCGAAGACCGUAUUGACAAUCCAAAAGGCUUUGAUCACGAAGCCGCUUUUCAAAAGGCCUGGAGUGGCGAUCCUUUCGACAACAACGCCUGGACUAAGGAACACGGUGACGGCAAGACCUACGCCGCGGCGUAAUAAAACGGAAUUGUGCAAUGGAUAAGAGUAGGAAUAUCGUUGACUGAAAAUAC